AUGGCUCCGCUCAAGCUUAGUGACGCAAACCUGCAGCGUCUUGCCGAGGCCACGGCCGCGCCGCUGACGGUGCCGACCUACGCCCGCGGCGGCAGCGUCAAGCAGGGCAUCGUGCACAUUGGCGUGGGCGGUUUCCACCGCGCGCACUUUGCCUACUACAUGAACGAGCUGAUGCAGAAGCAUGGCCUGACCGACUACGCCAUCUGCGGCGUCGGCCUGCAGCCGCACGACACCAGUAUGCGGGACGCCCUCGGCGGCCAGGACCACCUCUACACGGUUGUUGAGCGAUCCGCCAAGGGCAGCACCGCCCACGUCAUUGGCAGCAUCCAGGACUUCCUGUUUGCGCCCGACAAUCGCGAGGCCGUCGUGGCCAAGAUGGCCCACCCGGACACGCACAUUGUGUCGCUGACCAUCACCGAGAGCGGCUACUACUACAACGAGCACACGCACGAGCUGCAGAGCGACGACCCAGCGAUCCAGUACGACCUCGACCCGGCGCACGCCGACGCGCCCAUCACGACGUUUGGGUUCCUGUACGCGGCGCUGGUGCGGCGGCGCGCGGCCGGGCUCAAGCCCUUUACCGUGCUGUCCUGCGACAACAUGCACCGCAACGGCAGCAUCACGCGGUCGAUGCUCGAGACGUUUGCGCGCCUGCGCGGCGACGCCGAUGUGGCGGCCUGGAUCGCCGACCGCGUUGCCUUCCCCAACUCCAUGGUCGACCGCAUCACCCCGCAGACGGCCGCCGCCGACAAGGUGGCGCUGGCCGAGACGUUUGGCGUCGAGGACGCGUGGCCCGUCGUCACGGAGCCGUUUAUGCAGUGGGUCAUUGAGGACCGCUUCAGCGACGGGCGCCCGCCGUUUGAAAAGGUCGGCGUGCAGGUGGUCGCGGACGUGCUGGAUGUCGAGCAGUUUGAGAAGCACAAGCUGCGGCUGCUCAACGGCAGCCACUCGGCGCUCGGCUACCCGGGCCAGCUGGCCGGCUUCCGCUACGUGCACGAGGUCAUGAACCAUCCGGACUUCCACAAGUUUGUCUGGCAGAUGAUGCAGGAGGAGGUCAAGCCGCUGCUUCCAGCAAUUGACGGCGUCGACAUUGACGCCUAUUCCCGCACACUCAUUGAGCGGUUCGAGAACCCGACCAUUAUGGACCAGCUGCCGCGCAUCUGCCUGGGCGGCUCCGGCAAGAUCCCCAAGUUCAUCAUGCCUUCCAUUGCCGAGGCGAUCUGGGUGAGGGGGCCGUUCCGGCGCCUGUGCUUUGUGGUGGCCGCUUGGUUCCACUACAUCAACGGCGUCAGCGACGACGGCAAGACGUUCCAAGUCGACGACCCCAUGCGCGAGGAGCUGCAGGCGAAGGCGCGCGAGGGCGGCGCGGACCCGCGCGCGCUGCUCAGCAUCGGCUCGCUGUUCGGUGACGACCUGCGGAACGACGAGCGCUUUAUCAAGGAGCUGACAGCAGCCCUGGAAGCCAUCCAGAAGGACGGCAUCCUCAAGACGCUGCCCAAGUACAUCGACUAG